UGGACCCCUUGAUACUAGCCUCUAAAUUGACAACACUCGAUCCUAUGAUUAAUAAUCAUUGUUCAAGAGUCUCGUAUCUUAUACGCCAACAUUUAUGAAUUAUAUAAUACUUGUGAGUCGCGUACAAAGGCGAGAUAAGCCAUGACAAGUGAGAGUGGAGUGUAGUCCGAGGCGCCACACUUAACGUAAGCCUGUCGAAAGUGGCCCCAGGCCUGUCCCGGGAGUAGAAGAACUCCCGAAAUCUUCUCCGGCUAUGUUCCAGAUGAUGUCAUAUUUCAGUAGUCGAACUAUUAGUCGUACUUUUACACGAUCUGUGACGGGUCCUUGGAACUAUGUGACUGGCAAGCGGUGUGACCCCAGUGAGUCACUUGGCUCUAUAAAGGUAACUGAGCCAGCAACUGGUCAAGUUUUGUGCGAGGUGCUGCGCUCAGGACCAUUGGAGGUGGACCAUGCAGUUUCUAGUGCCAAGGAAGUGUUUUCUACAUGGAGUAAAUUGUCUGGUCGAGACCGUGGCCAGAAGCUGAUUAAAGCCGGUCACAUCAUCAGAGAAAAUUUAGAAGAUAUUUCUAAACUAGAGGUACGUGACACUGGUAAGCCCAUAUGGGAAGCUCGUGUAGACAUUGCAUCUUGUGCCGAGGCUCUUGAGUAUUAUGGUGGCUUGGCCCCUGCGAUCAUUGGGCAGCAUGUUCCACUGCAUGGAGGUUCAUUUGCUAUGGUGCAGAGGCAGCCACUAGGAGUAAUUGGAGGCAUUGGGGCCUGGAACUUUCCCAUGCAGACAUGUGUAUGGAAGGUGGCACCAGCACUGGCUUGUGGCAACACAUUUGUGUACAAGCCCUCACAGUUCACACCAGUCACAGCUGUCACGCUGGCGGAAAUUCUCACCGAGGCUGGAGUGCCAGAUGGUGUCUUCAAUGUUAUACAAGGAGAUGGAGAGAGUGGAGCCAAGUUGUGUGAUCAUCCAGAUGUGGCAAAGCUCUCUUUCACUGGAUCCAUCUCCACUGGCACUAAGGUGAUGGCAGCUGGUUCUAAAGGUGUAAAGUCAGUGACACUGGAGCUUGGGGGCAAAUCUCCACUCAUAAUAUUUGAGGAUGCUGACAUGAAGAAUGCUGUCAAAGCCACAUUGAUGGCAAACUUUCUCUCUCAGGGUCAGGUGUGUUCUAAUGGAACUAGGGUGUUUGUUCAGAGCAGUAUUGCCAGUGAGUUUAUCAAGAAAUUGGUGGAUGCAACUAAAAGACUCAAGCUUGGAGAUCCAUUUGGUGAAGAUACUACUGUAGGAGCAACUAUUCAUGAAGAGCAUGCCAAAAAGGUUCUUGAUUUUAUUGCAUCUGCCAAGGAAGAAGGUGCAAGAGUACUGUGUGGAGGAGAACGUGUGAUACAACCCGGGAAGCUACGCGGUGGGUGGUACCUAUCACCAGCUGUGUUGGUCAACUGUAAAGAUCAAAUGAAGGUUGUGAAGGAAGAGGUAUUUGGUUCAGUUGCAUCAGUACUGGAGUUUGAUUCGGAGGAAGAAGCUGUUAAGCGAGCCAAUGACACGGACUUUGGCCUAGCAGGAGGAGUGUUUACAAAAGAUAUCCACCGUGGUCAUAGAGUGGCUAAUGCUAUUGAAGCUGGAACUGUGUGGAUCAACACUUACAAUUUAUACCCAACAGAAAUUCCUUUUGGUGGCUACAAACAUAGUGGAAUUGGUCGAGAAAAUGGUCAUACUGCAGUAGAUAACUUCACUCAGACACGCACAAUAUAUGUGGAGAUGGGAAAUGUUGAUUGUGGACCUUUAUACCAAGAAUAAGGUUUCCAAUCUUUUUAUUUGAAUUAUAAUACGCAUCUGGUUUUCAUGGGCAUAAAUCUUGAAAUACCUUGUGACUUACCCAUCCACUAAGAAUGGUAUUAUAAUUGUGGAGGAAAAUUUAAUUCAUUCCAGUACAGUAUCUAAGAAUUUUAUAUAAAAAAUAAAAAUAAAGCAUAUGUAAUAA